AUGUCGUCAACAGUAGCAAAUGUGAACCAGGAGAGGCAGUUUAUCUCUACUUAUGCGGAAUUAAUGAGCUUAUCAAAGGAUGCACCAUCAGACAUAUACUAUUCGACACAAGAUUACUACAAAUUAGCAUCUUUGGGUCCAAGCUUACCAAAGUUUAGUUACAAACUCCCCACUGGACUGGUUUCAUCACCAGAGACGGUAUCAACUACAAUUGCAUUGAAAAUCAAGUCGAUCAAGCCGCCAUUUAAAUUCACUACGGACUUGCAAGUGUCCAGUACAACUAGCAUUUACAAAGUAAAAGAUUUGCUUAUUGAAAAUACUGAUUCACUAAAAGGAUUGAAGCCAACUGAGAUCAAAUUGCUUCUCAAGUCAAAAGUUCUUCAAGAUACAAGUGUGUUGUCAUUAAUAGCAGAUGAGGCUACAGAGUUGAACUUCAACUGUAUGGUUUCGCCACAACCUGCAUCAACAGCAGCUACCCCAUCUGCAACAGUAUCAAAUAACAGUGGCGACCCCGUGAUUGAAACUCCAAAAACAGUUUUACUGCAUUCAUUAAGUGAUUCAGCAUGGCUGAAGAUUGAACAAAUUGUACAACAAGAACUCGGAGAUUUAACAAAGGCCAAAGAUGUAGUACAAAAGUUCAAAGAAAGUCUAUAG